AUGGAGGCCCAGGUUCACAAGUUGAGAAAAGAACUGAUCAAUGUGCAUUUACAGUGGAAACAGCAGCUGGUAGAGCUUGCUCUUCUUCGUGAAGAGGAAAAGAAAAGGGCUGCAAGGGAACAUGAGAUUGUCGUCAACAAACUGAAGGCUGAAUCAGAAAAGAUGAAAAUAGAGCUGAAAAAGACUCAUGCUGCUGAGACAGAGAUGACACUGGAAAAGACCAACAGCAGGCUGAAGCAGAUUGAGAAGGAAUACACUCAGAAGCUUGCCAAAUCUUCACAGAUCAUAGCAGAACUUCAGACAACCAUUUCCUUUCUGAAAGAAGAGAACAUCCAGCAGCAGCUUGCUGCAGAAAGGCGGCUCCAGGAUGUUAGACAGAAGUUUCAAGAAGAGAAGAAGGAGCUGAUUAGAGAUAAUGACCAAGCAAUCAAGGAAUUAAUUAGUUUUUAG